AUGUCUAAAUCUUCUAAUUACACUGAGGAGCAGUUGCAAAGAGCUGUUGACGCGUACAAAAGCAAUUCAAAAUUAAAAGUCACAUCUCUGUCGCGAGAAUUCAAAGUCCCAUAUGCCACCUUGUAUGGGAGGAUCAACGGGAAGAAAUCAAGGACUAUGAGGGUUCCACUGAAUAGAGCAUUGAAUGACAGCCAGAAGGAGGCAAUUAAGAUAUGGAUUCAUCAGUUGGAUAUUAAUUUUUGCCCACCCACCAUCGAGCAUAUCAAAACCGCCGCGAACCGCAUGUUGAGACAGCAUCAUACAGAUCCAGAGACCGCACCUCCCACAGUAAGCAAGAUGUGGGCAUAUCGAUUCAUCAAACGCCUGCCAGAUUAUGAACAGGUCAAGCAAAAGCCCAUGAAUUCAAAACAGGUGUCUUGCGAGGAUAUAAGCUUCAUUAUCAACUGGUUUGAUCGAUAUGAAGCUGUCUUCAAUCAAUAUCACUUUUUCCCCUGCGAUAUCUACAACUUUGAUGAGAUUGGAUUUCAAGAAGAAGAAGGAUGUGGACAGUGGGUUAUAACCACCUUUAGAGACACAAAUUCCAUCAUACAGUCAUCAUACUCCCGCGGGUUAAUAACAGUGGUGGAGUGUGUCAGUGCAGAAUGGCACAGUAUUGGAUCCAUUGAUUAUAAUGAAAUUGAAGGUUCAUCUAGAGGAUUGAAGAAUUCAUUCAAUACUGCAACCUUCAUAAGAUUAUUCUAUUCAGAUUCCCAUCUCAUACAAGUCAUAUUCUACAACCUCUUGAUGGCGUACCUUUUCAGCAGUAUAAGCAUUAUCAUACAAAGGCAGUUAAUGAGGCCGCCCGCUAUGGAUAUGAGCACAUUCAAACCUGGCACUGUGAGAGCUGGCUUUGCCGACCGCGGAAUGUAUCCAGUUAAUCGCGAUAUAAUUCUCAAUCGAUUGAGACCUCUUACCAUUGAUGAUGCCCUGGAUCUCAACAUAUAUGAUGGUGAUGGUGAUGUAUGCAAUCACUUUACCCCGCUGCCUGCAGAUCGACCGUCAACUGCCUCUUUGCAAUUAACCUCCCCAGAGACAGUUGCAAAACUACAUCGCCAAAUCGAUGCAGCAGCCAAGGCCUUACAAGAUGUGAAGGAUACCCUUACACCUGGUUUGACAAGGUGGUUGGACAAGAUCUUCAAGGGUAGCAUGGUCCAGGUGGAAUUGAACGCGCACCGUGAGGGUGAACUUGCAGAUAGAUGUGGUGGUGAUUAUUAA